GGCUAUGGUAAAUAUGUGAGAAAUCAAGAAGACUAAAAUGGCACCUGGAGAUCCAGAAAAUCGGACACAUCUAUUCCGUUUGCAAAUUCUAAUAAUAGAUGGAGGCCUGCUUGUAUUGAGAAGUAUACUUGAUCAGACAAUAGCUGCCAAAGGCAUAACUUUAAAGACAUGUCUUAAUAAUGAAAGGUCAAAAAUUACACGAUUGCAUGGCCGUGACGUUAUCAGCCAGGCUCAAUAUGACUUAUUGUUUCCAGUUGGGGGUCAAGACCCUACUACGGCAGAUAUGGACAUUACGCUUAUCAUUUUCCUUCUUGCAAACCUUAAAUGUUUCGGAUUGAAUAAGAAAUUUAAAUGGAAUGCGACACCUGCAGAAACCGAUUUAACAGUUGAGGCAGAUAUAUGUCGUUUGAGAAAUUUCCGGAAUAAAAUCUGUCAUAUGUCAACAACAACUGGAAUAGAACAAAAUGAGUUUACAACUUUGUGGAAUGAAAUCGAGAAGAUACUUAUUCGACAAAACACUCCCGCUCUCAAUAUGCAUCAAACAAUUGCCGAUUUCAAGUCGUGUUCUCUUGAUCCAGAGGAAGAAAGAAGGAUAAAUAAAGAAAUAAAGAAAUGCAAGGACUAUGAAGCAGAUGUUGAUCGACUAAAACAGGAAAUGGGAGACGUAAAAGAAAAUGUUAAUGAAGUAAAAAGUGACCUUGGUGAUAUGAAAGAAAAUGUUACUGAAAUUAAGAGUGACCUUGAUGAUGUGAAAGAAAAUGUAACUGAAGUAAAGAGCGACCUUGAUGACGUAAAAGAUAAUGUUACUGAAAUUAAGAGUGACCUUGAUGACGUGAAAGAAAAUGUUGCUGAAGUAAAAAGUGACCUUGAUAUAGUGGAAGAAAAUGUUGAUGAAGUAAAAAGUGACCUUGAUGACGUGAAAGAAAAUGUUGCUGAAGUAAAGGGUCACCUUGACGACGUGCAAGAAAAUGUUGCUGAACUAAAGGGUCACCUUGAUGAAGUGAAAGAAAAUGUUGCUGAAGUAAAGAGUGACCUUGAUGACGUGAAAGAAAAUGUUGCUGAAGGAAAGGGUCACCUCGAUGAUGUGAAAGCAUUUGUUGCUGAAGUAACGGGUAACCUUGAUGACGUGAAAGAAAAUGUUGCUGAAGUAACGGCUAACCUUGAUGAUGUGAAAGAAAAUGUUGCUAAAGUAAAGGGUCACCUUCAUGACGUGAAAGAAAAUGUUGCUGAAGUAACGGGUCACAUUCAUGGCGUGAAAGAAAAUGUUUUUGAAGUAAAGAGUGACAUGGAUGACGUGAAAGAAAAUGUUGCUGAAGUAAAGGGUCACCUUGAUGACGUUAAAGAAAAUGUUGCUGAAGUAAAGAGUGACAUGGAUGUCGUAAAAGGAAAUAUUACUGAAGUAAAGAAUGACCUUGAUGACGUAAAGGGAAAUAUAAUAAAAGUACAGGAAGACCUUGAAGAGGUCAAAAGACGACCACAGACAGCAGAGAGAGGGAGAGGAGAAGACUUUCCAAUACAAACAGAGGAGGAAAAAUACCAAACUCGCAAAAAGGGUAAGUUAAUAGUGUUGUACGUUAAGGUUUGAAGUAUUGUCCAGAAGCAGAAUGUUGAAAAUAAUGGAAGUCACUGUUUAAAGGACACAUACUUUCUUAUUAAUAAUAUACCGGUACAUAUAUUUUUAUAGAAACUGACAACAUUAUUCUGUCUUGGCCGAUGAAAUGCUAGAGGGCGUGAUCAGUAGCUUGCAGUUACCACUACCGUCCAUGAACAGGCUAAAUCAAACCAAGUCUGCAUCAUUUUCGUGUCCACCAUGUUGGAUUUUUUUUAAAGAUUCUGUUUUCCUCAAAUUUGUAUGCAUGUUUGUGCUACGUUAUUUCCUUCUAUUUGAUCUGAUUUUACUUAAGUGGUUCCAAUCCUUUCUUUCCUCAAUCUUUUCGGGACUAAUAAAACCCCAAGAAUUGUUUAGAUUAAUCUAAAGUGCAGAAAUAUCAAGUUUUAUUAAUUAAUACUAUCGAAUUCUCUACAUUAAAUAUACAACAUUGCCACAUUAAAUUAUUAAAGGUAAAUUAUUAUC